CGGACACGGCGCAGACCACGCACCACGUCGGGCGGGCGGUGGGCGGAUCUGCCGGAACCAGUAGUUCUCCGAGCUUUCCGUCGGCGUUAGCCAAGCAGGCUAGCAAUGACGAAUUGGAUCGCUCCUAGUCCUGCUGGGUUUCGGAUAGUGCGCCGACAGACAUGAUUUUGCGGAGACCACCCUACAAGGCCUGAGCCGAUCUGUCAGCCCUGUGCAGGUUCGGUCUCCACCUCCAAUCGUCCUGCGGCUGUCGGCCGACCAUGGUGGUCUGAACGGAGGAGCCUCGGCAAGAAGCGCAGUGCGUGUGCGUGUGUGUGUGUUCGUCCCCCUCGCCCGCAGCCAGCUUUGACCGCGAGAGGUGCGGCAGACCAGAGCGAAGAAAGAGAAACUCCUUGCAAGGCAAAAUGUCUCAAAACCGAGAACUGGUGCUGUCCUACGUCAAGUUUAAACUGUCUCAGAGGAACUACCCCGUCAACCACAUAAUGCUCAACGAGCCGCCCAGCGACGGCGGCGCCAGGGACGCAGAGUCUGACGAGGAGCAGACGGCGGAGACGCACGCCAACGGGACCGUCAACGGGACGAGCUCGGGGUCCCCGCGGCGGCGGCAGCAGCAGCAGCCGGCGUCCACGGCGGCGAUGGAGGCGGUGAAGGUGGCGCUGCGGGAGACGGCCUGCGAGUUCGAGCUGCGCUACGCCCGCGCCUUCAACGACCUGCACAGCACGCUGCACAUCACGCCGGCCACCGCCUACCAGAGCUUCGAGAACGUGAUGAACGAGGUGUUCCGGGACGGCGUCAACUGGGGCCGCAUCGUGGGGCUGUUCGCGUUCGGCGGCGCGCUCUGCGUGGAGUGCGUGGAGAAGGAGAUGAGUCCCCUGGUGGGCCGCAUCGUGGAGUGGAUGACCGUCUACCUGGACGAGCAGAUCGACCCCUGGAUCCAGAGCCAGGGAGGAUGGGAGCGCUUUGCUGAAAUCUUUGGGGGCAACGCAGCGGCGGAGAGCAGAAGGUCUCAGGAGAGCUUCAAGAACUGGCUGCUGCUGGGAAUGAGCGUGGUGACGGCCUUCAUAGCCGGCUCCAUCUUCGUCCAGAAACGCCUGUGAGAGGACGGCCGUCCCGUCACGCCACCCAUCACUACGCUCCAGAUGAAAAUGAAGGUCCUGUUCCACAAUGUUUACUAGCGUAUCAGACAGCGGACUGAAAAUCCUCCAACCUUGCUGGAAGACAAAUAAAGAGUUUAGUAUUCUUGUGUUAACUUUCCCGUCUUGAAGCGAUUUUCGUGAUUCUACAGAGACUGACAUGUUUCUUUCAUCCACUGAGCCAUCUGUUCUUUUUUUUUUCUGUUAUAGUUUUUUUUUUUUUUGCUGUCCAGAUUUAUGAAAGAUCUUAUUUUGAUUUGUAUUUUUCAAAUGUUUAAAUUAGUUUUAACAGAUUUUUGUCUGCCGUUGCCGGUCCUCUAAAACGGCUAAACCUGAUUUUUAGUUGUACAUUUCUACUGGGACCGCCUCACCGAGAGUCGCUGGGUCGCUGGAGUACCCCCAUGCCUGUUUUGUUGCCCCUCCCACAGAGAGCCGCCUUGCUUGUGCCAUAUGGAGAGUAGAAGCCCACGAGCACCUUCUGUGUAUAUGAGUCUCUGUCGGCCAGCCCGACCCCCACCCGCUGCAUCACCAUCCAUCAGUCCACGCGCAGUUUACAGGAACGGGGCGAGCUAAAGGAAAGCGUCGGCGGAUCCUUUCGCUUCAUGGACGGCCGCGGCGCUUUGCUCGCCAUCGUGUCGGGACGCAGCUCAUCAGAGCUCCGUGCUUACAGCGGCAGCUGAAGGAUGCAGGAAAUACUGUAGCAACUUAUUUGAACGCAGCAGCACGUAAAAACACGAGACCACUGUGAGCCAUUCACACACGAGGACAGUUAGUGGGUAUCCAUCAGCAAAACGUGAAACGGUUUACUGCACCUUCCCAAAGUAGCCCCGCCCCUCAGACUUUUCUCUCACUAUAAUAACAUUAAUCAUUGUCUGAUGUGAUGGACCAUCACAAAUCUGAAUAGUGCGGCAUGCAUUUUAAUGAAGGUUCAGUGCUACACAGCUCGAACUAAGUCGGCCUGGAUAGAGAGUGGCUGUUUUCAACUUUUAUCACAUAUUUUACAUUUUAAUGAAGUCUUCGCUUUAAUGAGACAGAUUAACCAAUCCGCUGCAUUAACCAUGAGAUCCGGUGGCUGUCCAGACCUUAAAUCGGUGCUGUAAAUAGAAGCGGCCGCUUCAGUUGUUGAUUUGUUGGGGCUAAUUAAAGUCUGCCUCGGACAUGGACCAUAAAUAUCUGUAGCGUGUUCCACAACCAGAGCUGUAGUCAUUAAAUUAAACUUGAACAAA